AAAGGGAGGAUGUAUUUCAUUAUUUUGCUUACAGUUUCAUCACCCCACUGACAACAGAGACAGACGCGAGGCGGAUUAUUCAAAGGCGGGUAUUCAGCGUAUAGAGCUGGGGACGAGGAGACCCGCGGUGGGGAGCGCGGGGCUGUCCGUGCUAUAAAAGCAGCCUGUGCGCGUGAGCGGAGCGUCUUAGAGAGGACUGUACCUUCAGGCAGCUGACCGGAGCGCACCGCUGAUACCUGGGAUCCACACACAGACACUCGCAGCGGAGCCAUGAGUGAGAGACAAGCAUCUGGAGCAACGACUGGAAACAGCAAACCAUCUGCUGGCCAAGGGCUUCAAAGUCAACCAAAGGUUCCAGCCAAACAUGAAAAGAAGAACAACCUCCCGCAGGACUUCGACAUCGACAUGGAGGACCCUGAGACGGAGAAGGCUGCUGUUGCCAUCCAGUCGCAGUUCAGGAAAUUCCAGAAAAAGAAGCAGGAUGUGAAGUCAUAGAGCGAGCGCCGUCAGCUGCGUCUUCACCUGAUGUGGGCCUGGUCUUGCAUGUCAAUCAAACUGCACCGUCAUGAACUGAAAAGGAAGGGUGGGGGUGGGAAUUCUGAGGGUGGAGGGUGGAGGUUGGAGGUUGGGUGGUCUGGGGGCUAAACAGUAUCUUUGUGAGAGUCUGUGUAUAAUUUAUAACUUAUAAUGACUUAUAUACAAAAAUGGUACAUUAUCAUAAUCUGGGUGUAUGUAUUUAAAUCUUUCCGAUAAUUUUGCUAUUUCUGUUUUUUACUUCGAUGACACUUGUGUAUCUGCAGUAGAGCUUAGCUAAUAAUAAUGUUUCUUAUGUCACCUGCAGUGUGUAACAUACCCAUGUAAACAAACUGACGUAAGCCUUCUUAUGACGUGUCAAACUGUUGUUUUCUUUAAUUCAGGGCCAAGAUAAAACCACAGCAUCUUUGUGAUUGACACUUAAAUUCUUAGCGAGGCGUCAUAAUCACCAGAUUUCGGGGCUCUGCCAGAGGUCUGUUGAUUUCCCAAAAUGAUCCCAUACAGCUGCCAGUAGUUUCACACUGUGUGACUGUAUGCUUUUAAAAACAAAUCAACAUCAAUAAUUUGUAUUCGGACGCCAGAGAGUUCCCCUCCGUCAUGUCUCUUCACCUGACGACAUGAACCUCACUGAGUCGUGUGUCUCUGUAGAGAAUCUAGAUGUUGUGCUCGUGUUUCUGUCCUUGUUCAUGUUCCAGUGUGAUUUAAUCUAUAUCAUUGUUCAAUUGGCUCACACAUGUAUACUGUACAAGCACACACACUUAUGCAUGCGAGCUUGCACAGAUGUACACACACACACACACACACACACACACACACACACACACACACACACACACACACACACACACACACUCAUAUACAC